AGCAGAGGCUGAGCUUUUGCGGCGUUGCUGAAAACCAUGAAGGAUAAGGAAGGCAGACGGCGAACACGGUGAAUGUCUUUGAGGCGAUUGAGAGCGGACGCCGGGGGAGAGGUAGCAGUUAGGACCAGAAUCUGUCGAUCGAUAAGAUAAAAUGGCGGUGAGGCAGAGGCUUUUCAAUUCAACCGCUCCGUUCUCCGGUUCUCCCAAAACCGAGCUGAAGGGGUCCUAUCCGCCCAGCUCCAGCAAGGAGCAGGAGACGGAGGAGGAGGAAGAUGAAGGGAAGGACAGCAAACUGGGCAACGUCCAGGAAGCAGAGUGGAUUCAGACGCCACUGAUAAAUAAACUCCUGACACGUGGAACUGCAGAGCAAGUUGGAGAAAUGCCAAUAAAGACUUCUACCAUCAUUGCUCAGGCUGAAUGUGAAACUCAGGACUCCCAGGAAUUCAGUCCCUCCUGCUCUGAAAGAUUCGUCGCCUUCCCAAAUUGUUUUACCAGCAUUUCCUCAGACCACAACCAUGUGGCGUGCCCAAUUCCAGCCUCUUCUCAAGAGGCUCAUCCAACGCUGGAUAGGAAGAGCCAAAGAAAGCAAAAGAGCAAAGGAAAGAGAAAAAAGCAGGGGAAGGGAAAGGAGAAGCAGCGGCGGAGACAUCGGAUUCCCUCCGGUGUCCCUGAACAAGAGAGUGGCCUGAUCCAGGAGGAGUUCUCCAUUGGAGGAAUUAGCAGCUUCAGCUCAUCCCGCUGUAGCAGCGUUGAAAGCUUGGUGGAGCAGGAGUCUGGCAACCCUCUCUACAACAGACAGCUCUACCCGACCGGCUCAAGCUGCUCUCCCCUGAACUGGCCUGACCCCGUCUAUCCCCGGCUCCCCAAGUUCCAGUCGUACGAGCAGGACAUCAGCUCGGACUCCUUCAGCAGUGAGGGAGACUGCUCCCUCGCCCUCGCAGGCCUCAGAGGCGUUGUGAGCGAGGCAGAUCCUUGCUACGCGGGGCCAUUUUUCAAAGAAGUGGAGAGUGAGGCUAGGGAGGAGGAAGAGGAGCUUUUUGCAGCUGAUUCUGAGUGCAAUGAAGGGAUUAUCUUCUACCAUGAUAAAUUCCACCUCGUGGAGUAUGAAUACAAGGAGGGAAGCGAGUAUACUCUCUCACGUUUUAUCAAAGAAGGCUCCUACGGCGAGGUCCACAGUGCUCAGGAUGUCAACACCGGAUUCAGAUUUGCAGCCAAAAAGAUUGCUCUGAAGAGAUUCAGCAGUGAGGAGGUGGGUGCGUGGAGUGCCCUCAGAUCUCCUCGUAUCACUGAGCUCUUUGGAGUGAUCAGAGAUGGACCAAAUGUUGUCCUUUUAAUGGAAGAAAAAUCGGGCUCCCUGGGUCAGCUGAUUAUGGCGCGUGGCCGACUGCCAGAGGACUUAAGUCUUCACUACCACUCCCAGGUUUUAACUGCCCUGGAAUACCUAGCACAGAAGAAAGUGGCACAUUUAGACAUUAAAGCUGACAACGUGUUGCUGUCAGAAGACGGGAGAGACACCUUCCUGUGCGACUUUGGACACGCAGAGAAACUCGACAAGCAGGGCCAGAGCCUCAGCGGUUCCCGAGACCUGAAGGGCACGGAGACCCACAUGGCCCCUGAGAUUGUGAAAGGAGAGCCCCGUGGAGCCAAAGCAGAUGUGUGGAGCAGCUGCUGCAUGUUGCUCCACAUGCUGAAUGGCUGUCAGCCGUGGACCAGAUACUACACCUGUAGACUCUACCUGAAGAUCGCAAACGAGCCUCCGCCAGUCGGAGAGAUCCCACCUGACUGCAGCCCUCUCACGGCUGAAGUUUUAAAAGCUGGACUCCAGAAGGAUCCAGUCAAGAGGCCAUCGGCAUCUCAGCUCAAGGAAAAAACUGACAGAGCUCUAAAAGAAGUUGGAGGAUUAAGCAGCUCAGUCCAGGGACCCUACACAGAGCCCCUCUAUGUUCCAAACAAACCGCCUGAUGACCUGCACCCCAUCAACAGCAGUAGUGAUUUUGAGGAACACAUGAAGUCUGCUGACAAAGUCAUAACAGGCCUAAGAACAAAAGACAAAAUGGUUCAGAACGACGUGGAGACCAGCCCCAGUGACCCAAAACGAGAGUCAUGCAACACUUCACAGAUGUUCAUCCCCGAGCCAAACAUCAAGAGAAACAAGGUCUCCACUGUGCCUGAGCUUGAGCUCCGCAAACUGGAGCGAGACUUCUACCUGAGCAGUCUGUCCCAGCUUCCUUCUGCUGAGAUGCAGGAGCAGCUCCUGUCUUGUAUUAAUAGUGACCAUCAUUCCAACUGGGAACUACGCGAUAAAAAGGACUCUGGACGCUGGUCCCUCAGCCCUGGGGAUGAUUACAGCUCCGGUUUCUGCUCCUAUAACAGUCAACCAGAUGUGCAGGUCUUCAGUUUAGAUCUGCUUGGUCAGACACCGCCCUGCUGCUUUGAAGGGGUGGACGUCUGCAUCAGAGACUUCAGCAGGAAAAGAAUUCAGAUCAGAGAGAAACGGCGGGUGAAGGUCGGCCACAUCGCCACUGGCAUCAGUGAUCAGAUUUCAGAGCGGGUGUUCACCCUGGAGACGCAGCACGGCCAGCAGAUCGGUCACGAUGAGGAGGUGCUGGAAUCUGGUCUGGAGCUCCGCUGUGUUCCUGCCCCAGACUUCAGCUCAGCGUGGAGGUGGAGGGUCAGGGAUGGAGCGUUGGAGACGAGCAAGACUCCUCAUCCUCACCCGCCGCUGGCUAAAGAGCCACAGAUUUACUCCGUUCUGAACUGAUUCAAAAGCCAGUGCUGUUUUAAACUGUGCUUUAAAAGUAGUAACAGCUUCAACAAAAAUAUCUUAUAAUGGUUAAUUUUGUAGCGUUUUUGUCUUGUGAUGUUUACAUUUGACUUUUUGUUACUUACCUUUUUGAGGCAAUAAAUUUGCUGAAUUAUGCUGAAUUUGUGAACAGCUGUUUUCAUCUGUUAAAGCCAUGUUGUGACUCAAUGCUGUAUUUAGUCCAUUCAGUUUUAUUAUGUUUACAAUGAAUAAUGUGUUUUGUAGAGAGCCACGUGAAAGUUUGGGCAAACAAAUUACUGUGAAACAGUUAACAUGACUCUUUUAUAUUUCUGGUUUUACAAACAAAUUGGUACUGUCAGGGUUGUUUUGCCUUUUUAAUUGUGAAUUACUGCUCUCAGAUGCAAAGGGACAUGUCAAACUUGGAAUAUUGUGAAAAGGUUCCAAUUUUUUUUGUCACUCAUUUCAUAAAGUGGAACUUCGUACGGAUUCAAGUAUUGGAAGUAUUUCAUGCCUUUAUUUCCUGUUCCAAAAUUCAGUGUUUCAGGAAAUGUGAAUAUUACAUAAAUCAAUAAAAUGUUUUAAACACAAA